AAAAGAGAGAGAUAUAGAGAGAGAAAGAACACUGACAACAUGGCACUCAAGUGGGAGGACUGAAGAGAAGUCUCUCAAGUCCCACACAAUGCAAGAGCAAGAGCUCCUGGUGAUCAUUAAAGUAGCAGACACCGCCGACAGGGCGGAGGAAGUCGCCGGAACCACUCGACCCACCACCACCACCACCAUCACAUCUUUCAAAGUCUAAAAAAAAGAUUGAUUAUCUCUUCCAUCUUUCUCUAAAUCUGUAGGGAAAGAACUGAGCAAGUUGAGUACCGGGAGCUAGGACUUAAAGACAUACAGAGAGGGAUAGAUAGAGUUCAUCUUCCUCUUCUCCCUGUGUCCUCAUCAUCCAAGCACCUUCCCCUGCUACGAUGCGCAACAUGGGGAGUGCCGCAUCUUCCAGAGGCAUUGCUGCCAUCGUAGGCGUUGGACCAAAGCUUGGCCGCUCCAUAGCCCGCAAGUUCGCCCACGAAGGCUACACCGUUGCCAUUCUCUCCCGAGACCUUGAGAGACUUUCAACAUUUGCAGAUGAGAUCGCAAGAGAAGAGAAAGCCCAAGUAUUCGCGAUUCGCAUUGACUGCUCGGAAUCUCGAAGCGUAACAGAGGCAUUCGAAGGGGUUCUUUCACUUGGGUUCGUUGAAGUUCUGGUCUAUAACGCAUACCAACCGGCGUCAUGGCAGCCCACCAGUAUUAUCCACAUCCCAGUCGAUUCCUUCCAGAAAUCCCUUGCUGUCUCCACCGUCGGUGCUUUCCACUGCGCCCAACAGGUUCUUCCAGGCAUGGUGGAGAGAGGGAAAGGGACAAUCCUCUUCACCGGUUGUUCUGCUUCUCUCAAUGGCAUUGCUGGUUUCUCUGAUUUAAGCUGUGGGAAGUUCGCUUUGAGGGGUCUGUCGCAAUGCCUGGCGAGAGAGUUCCAACCAUUGGGGAUCCAUGUCGCUCAUGUUAUCAUCGACGGUAUCGUCGGUGCUCCAAACAGAUCAGUACCAUCAGCAUCAACAUCGACGCAGAGAUCGUUGGUGGGUCUUGGAGAACAGCAGCAGCAAAGCGGAAGAGUUGAAGGAUCGAUGGAUCCAGAUGCAUUAGCUCAGACUUAUUGGUAUUUACACAUCCAGGACAGAGCCGGUUGGACUCUAGAGAUAGAUCUUCGUUCUCCCUACCAGAGAUUUUUCUGAAAUCCCAGUUUCUUCUUCUUCUUCUUCUAUAUUCUGCUAUAGUGCUAUGUUUGGGUUUAUAUUUCAGGUAUUCUACAAAUUAGAAUCCCGCUUCGCGACUCAGAACUGAUCGAUCAUAAGGGCUUGUGCUUUGAUUUAAGAUUUCAGUAGUCUUAAUAUGGAUUUCUUAUGAUUAUUUUA